AGGCAGAGGAGGCGCAUUCCGAGGUUACUGCAGACGGUUUAACAUCACAGUUUGUGAGGUGGAUAAACUGAACGGAAUUACGAUCCGGAAGAAACUGGAAAAUAAAUAUACAGCCUUGGGAAUACAACCUAAAACCUAGAGGAAUACACUGCCGGGAUUACUUUUACUAAACUACAGCCUGUGUAUUGCACCACACGAAGCUACAGUCAUGACGCGUGUUACAGUUGUGUUAGUGCUUUUCCACGCAGCCGUAUUCUGCAGUUUAGUGAAGGGAGCUGCUAUUGAACGGUUCGAGAACGACAUGUCUCCCAGUGUAGAAAUCAAAGAGGCUCUCAGUAACAAAAUAAUCAGAGAUGAUGACUAUGAUUACGACUACGACAGCAGCAAGGAGCUCGAAUACGGGGAGGAACCCUGGUCCGGAGACUAUGACAUUGAAUUCCCGAGAGUGGCGUUUUCCACCAAACCACUAGACCUGUCCACCACUUUAAACCAAGAGCAAGGCAAAAAGAGUAAAGGCAAGGGGGGAAAAAAGGGCAAAGGCAAAAAGAGAGACCCGUGCCAGAGAAAAUACAAAGACUUCUGCAUUCACGGGGAGUGCAAAUACAUCCGGGAUCUCAAAGAGCCAUCCUGCAUCUGCCAGCAGGGAUACGUGGGAGAGCGAUGUCAUCUCUUCAGCCUGCCGGUGGUUAAGAACAAGGACAACUACGACAGGACCACUGCCCUCGCUGUGGUGGCUGUGGUGCUGUCGUCCAUGUGCUUGAUUGGAAUCGCUGCGCUUCUAGCACUGAGGUUUCAUAAGAGGGGAGCAUACGAUGUGGAAAAUGAAGAAAAGGUCAAGUUGGGAACAGCAACUAACCACUAAAACAAGCAAGGAAUGAGAAUCGAAGCUCUACCUCAAAGGAAGAAGGAGGAGGAAUGUGAAAGGGAGUGAAGCUUCUGGAUGUUUGAAUGUUUCUUUGAAAAGAAGUAUUUAAUUCACCAUGGAGGAGUGGCAGACAAGGAGAGCAUUCGAAGGAGACUAAUUUGGAAGGAAACAUCCACUGCAAGCAGAAGCAGCCAGGGCUGGCCAAUGGAAACAUGCGUCACUGAAGGAUAUGCAAAAAGACUCAAAGGCUGGCCUAGUGCUUUGGGAUCUGGCCAGCUGUGACAGUACCUUUAUUAACCAGUAAUCCCAAUUUAUUUAACGCAACUUCCACUGUCUGUUUGGUUUGAAAAUGUUACAAGUUUGUUGAAAGUUACUUGCAUUCUCUGAGUGCACUCCAAAAGAUGUAGCGUUUGUCGGUCUGUAUAUUACAGACAGUGCUACACUUGCUAAUGUACUGUACCAAUUAUUAAUACUUAUACAAGAUGGAUAUUUAUAUUUAGUAUACAAGCUUUUUAACUUAUUUAUUUAAAUAACAUUUUUAUAUUAUAUUUAUUUCUGGUUUUUACCAGGGAAUUUGAUAAAACGGCAGAAAUUUCUCUGUCUGUUUUGCAUAUUGGCUGAGAUUUGUGUUUGUUGUUUUUUUAUUAAAUAAUAGUUCAUGUUA